CUAAACAUUAUUAUAACUUAUUUUUAGAUGAAACGAUGAUAAAUACAUUCAGUUAGUAAUAUCUAAACCAGCAAGGAUGUCGAGUGUUUCAGUUGAAGACCAGUGGAAAGAUUUCAAAAAUACUCAUAAUAAAAGUUAUUCGGAUGAAGAAGACGGUCGUAGAUUCCAGAUCUUCAAAGACAAUGUGGAGAAAAUAGAAGCUCACAAUAAAAAAUAUGAAUCCGGUGAAGUGACUUUUAAGAUGGGUAUAAACAAGUUUGCUGAUCUUACCGCUGAAGAAAUGAAAAGUUAUAAGGGCUUAGCACCUCUAAAAUAAGAAAAGAAUUACGUAUUAUAAUCUUGUUUGCUUAUUUUUAAUAAAAUAGUCCAAAAAUC